AUGAGUGUGGCUCUGAGGGGUAUAAGGGCGAGAUCCAGGCUCGGUGCCGGGCUGGCUCGAAGCUCGGUGUUGAGAUUGACUGCUCGUGGAUCGCUUGUGACAAUAAUGGACCAGAAUCGGUCGAACUCGACGUCCCAGCAGCAGCAACAGCAGCAGCAGUCGUCAAAUCCGCAAAUGGCAUUCCCAUGUCUCGAUAAAUUAGAGACGAGAACCAGUUCGUACGAAUUCGGUCCUGAACCGUCGUAUGCAAAAGUGGUUUCUGGGUACGAGGUUUAUCAUAGCAGCGAACGGCUUGAUCUCGACUACGGUGGGACCCUGCAAGAGUUCGAUAUCGCUUACGAGACUUGGGGGACACUGAAUAGUGAAAAGUCGAAUGCGAUUCUUCUUCAUACAGGAUUGUCUGCAUCUUCUCAUGCUCGAUCGCACGCAAAGAAUACGAAACCAGGCUGGUGGGAGAAGUUCAUUGGUCCCGGCCUCAGUAUAGACACUGACAAGUUUUUUGUCAUUUGCACCAAUGUGCUUGGUGGCUGUUAUGGAUCCACAGGCCCUUCGUCUAUUGAUCCAGCUGACAAUAACAGAUAUGCUACGAGAUUCCCUAUUUUGAGUAUAAAUGACAUGACUCGUGCCCAACAGAGACUAGUAACCCAGCAUUUGGGCAUCUCGAAACUGUAUGCGUCUGUAGGUUCAUCUAUGGGUGGUAUGCAAUCAUUAGCUCUUGCUAGUGAAUUCCCCGACCUGGUUGGCCGAGUGGUAUCUAUUUCUGGGUGUGCUAGAUCGCAUCCAAGUUCGAUUGCCAUGAGACACACCCAACGUCAAGUUCUCAUGGCAGAUCCAAACUGGAAACGAGGGUUUUAUUAUGAUGGAGUACCUCCUCAUGUAGGAAUGAAACUCGCUCGUGAAAUCGCCACUAUCACUUAUAGAUCCGGUCCAGAAUGGGAAAACAGAUUCGGUCGUGAUAGAGCUGACCCCAGAAAAGCGCCUGCAUUAUGUCCCGAUUUUCUUAUUGAGACGUAUUUAGAUCACCAGGGCGAGAAGUUCUGUUUGGAAUAUGAUCCCAACUCUCUUUUAUAUGUGUCAAAGGCCAUGGACCUUUUUGAUCUUGGUAAAACCAAUAGUGAAAGAACAAGAGCCACUCGGUUAGUUGCAUCUCAAAGAGCCCCUAGCGAAGAUUCCGGAGCCAACUCGCAAUGUAGUCUUCCUGAUACCCCCUAUGAAGAACAGCCACGGGAGUCUGCAAUUGUGACUGGCAAAGAUGAUCUCGUUCAAGGAAUGAAGACCAUGUCGCAUCUGCCCACACUUGUCAUCGGAGUGGCAUCAGACAUUCUUUUCCCAGCUUGGCAACAGAAAGAAAUCGCCGAGGUACUUCGUGAGGUCAGUCCCACACCCGAGCUGAUCCAACACCUCGAGCUCGGCAACGAUAUCAGCCUCUUCGGUCACGACACCUUCCUCCUCGACGUCGAGCAUGUCGGUGGCCCCAUCAAGAGAUUCCUAGAAUCAUAA